GCAUGGGGUGGGGCACCCCACCCCUGAAUGAAAUUAGUUUAGUGCUAUCUGCUCAUUUGUCCAAGUUCGGUAGAAAAUGGCUAACAGAAACUGCAUUUUGGAUUAAGCUAGUCAAAUCAAGGAAGAGAAAAAUGAGAGCCAGAAAGGGGAAUGAGAUAAGAAGAGUGCAGAAGAAAGGGAGAAGAGAGACCAGAAGAAGACUCGCCAGAGGACACAAGAAGAGGCUUUGGGAGAGAGACAGGCACGCACCAGACCUAGAGGAUCAAGUCAUAAUGGGAGCAUUUUUAGACAAGCCAAAGAUGGAAAAGCAUAAUGCCCAGGGGCAGGGGAAUGGGUUACGCUAUGGCCUAAGCAGCAUGCAAGGUUGGCGAGUUGAAAUGGAGGAUGCGCAUACGGCUGUGAUCGGUUUGCCAAGCGGACUUGAGACGUGGUCAUUCUUUGCUGUAUAUGAUGGGCAUGCUGGUUCUCAGGUUGCCAAAUACUGCUGUGAGCAUUUGUUAGAUCACAUCACCAAUAACCAGGAUUUUAAAGGCUCUGCAGGAGCACCUUCUGUGGAAAAUGUAAAGAAUGGGAUCAGAACAGGGUUUCUGGAGAUUGAUGAACACAUGAGGGUUAUGUCAGAGAAGAAACACGGUGCAGACAGAAGUGGGUCGACAGCUGUGGGGGUCCUAAUUUCCCCCCAGCACACUUACUUCAUUAACUGUGGAGACUCGCGAGGGUUACUCUGUAGGAACAGGAAAGUUCACUUCUUCACACAAGACCACAAACCAAGCAAUCCGCUGGAGAAAGAACGAAUUCAGAAUGCAGGGGGCUCUGUGAUGAUCCAGCGUGUGAACGGCUCUCUGGCUGUGUCAAGGGCCCUUGGGGAUUUCGAUUACAAAUGUGUCCAUGGAAAAGGUCCCACAGAGCAGCUCGUCUCACCGGAGCCGGAAGUCCAUGAUAUUGAAAGAUCUGAAGAGGAUGACCAGUUCAUUAUUCUUGCAUGUGAUGGCAUCUGGGACGUCAUGGGAAACGAAGAGCUCUGUGACUUCGUGAGAUCCAGACUUGAAGUCACUGAUGACCUUGAGAAAGUUUGCAAUGAAGUAGUUGACACCUGUUUGUACAAGGGAAGUCGAGACAACAUGAGUGUGAUUUUGAUCUGUUUUCCCAAUGCACCUAAAGUCUCAGCAGAAGCCGUGAAGAAGGAGGCGGAGCUGGACAAGUACCUGGAAUGCAGAGUAGAAGAAAUCAUAAAGAAGCAGGGGGAAGGCGUCCCUGACUUAGUCCAUGUGAUGCGAACGUUAGCAAGUGAGAACAUCCCCAGCCUCCCACCAGGGGGUGAAUUGGCAAGCAAGCGGAAUGUAAUUGAAGCCGUUUACAAUAGACUGAACCCUUACAAAAACGAUGACACUGAUUCUACAUCAACUGAUGAUAUGUGGUAAAGCUGCUCAUCUAGCCAUGGAUUCACCUUCGCCUCCAAAGGAGUACAGCUCAACUUUGCUGGACCUUUUAACAUCCGUCAUCAACUUCAGGAAGGGUACGACGUGGGUGAGGGACUACACCAGAGAGCGUCAGCGGUGGAACAGCUAGCCCAGAAUGGAUUUUUUUUUUUAAUUGUAAAUUUGAGACUUAUGUAAACGUGAUUUCAAACCGUAAUUCAUGUUGUAAAUCAGACUCCAGCAAUUUUUGUUGUAUGAUUUUGGGUUUUGUAAAGUGUAAUUGUCCUUGUACAAAGUGCUCAUAUUUAAUUAUGAACUGCUUUAACCUCACUGUCAAUGGUAAGGAGAUGUUUGGCCUGCUGUGUGACACAGCGGGUGUAGUCAGUCAGUCGUGCUGUGUUUGGACUUGGGGUUGGGACAGGGAAAGCAGCAGCCACAGAGCUAGAUGCUCAUGUGCACAUGGCAGUGAAGACUUUUAAAAUCUUACAAAGCUCAGCAUCCAGGGAGCAUGGAAGACUGUGUUCUGGCGAGGGAUUGGCUUGUUAAUGCGGCCAUUCCUUCUUACCUGUCUCUAGGAUGUCCUCUCCUUGCAGCCGAGAGUAUUGCAGGUGAUACCAUAUAUUCAUAAGAGUAUCAAGUUGGGGCUAAAAUGCCUUGAUUCUUUGCACCUCUUUAUGAGUCCUUACAUUCAGUUACUAAUUGGUGAGCAGCAGCUUCCUACACAGUAGGAGACUGCCACAUUUUUCCUAUCAUGAUUGGCUGGGCCUGCUGCUGUUCCUAGUAAGAUAUUCUGAAUUCCAUUUUAUCAAUAAAGCUUGGUUUAACAAACAAGAAAUUUAAUCAUGUACGUGUAGUUCCUCUCACCCCGGCUUUCAAGACCCCAUGCUAUUGUAAAUGGGACAUUUCCUUCUAGGGAAAGGUGUCAGUCUCCUUAAAUUGGAUGAUGGUGUUACCCCAGGUGCAGAUGGAUCGAAAGAUCGAAGUCUGUGUUGUCCUAACCUGUUUUUAAAAUGAGUUUCUUUCAGGCUGCUUACUUCUUAGUAAGAUGUGUGUCAGCUUGAAUUUACCUACUGUUAAUUAAAAGAAUUGUCAACGUUUGACAAUCUUAACACUAUGAUAGAUGUGUGUGUGUCGAAUGUGUGUUUGCCUGUAACUUUUCAUUGACCCACGUCUUUAGAAUCUAAGAGGUUAAGAUGUAUUUGUGAUUUGAAAUAUAGCAUGUUGAUAAUAUUUAGCUGUUGGCCUUUAAAAAUAAAUUUCAAAGCUUAAGGAAUUGUAGAUAUAAAAUACCUAAUUUAAUUUAGGCUUAAACCCCUCUGAUUAAGCAUGUAAGAGUAAGUUUUACAGUCUGUCACAUUAUAAAGACUACUGUUCUGUACCCGUCUGUAUUUCCGUCUCUUUAGGUUGAGUGCUGUAUUUAUCAACAUGCGAUUGACUCGGUUAGUAGUCAGAUGCCCCAUUAGGAAACAAUUAAAAUAUGUUUAGUACAAAGUCACAACUUUGUGUACAAAAGUUAGUGUAAUACAUUUUGUUCUAUUUGUUUUUCCCAAACUUGGAAGUAGACGUGUUUGUAUAUACAGCCUUAAAACCACUGUACCGUUAAGGGUCUCGUAGGAAAGCACUGUGAAGUGCCGCAGACUUGAGUAGCUACAGUACCAGCGGACUCUUCAUUAUCCCUCUCGGGAGGUGAUUCAUGUAACUUCAUUGUAUUUAAUUUAUAUCUUAGUCCAGCAUGAAUGAAGAAAAGCUGAAAUAUUAUUUAUAUUUAGAAAUUCAUAACAGUCGGAAUUACAGAGCCAAUUCCAAACUUAAUAAAUGCUUAAUGUCUAAAUCUGUGGGAGAGUUGGAAGUAUGGUAAUGUUCUAAGCUAUGGCUUGCAAAGAUGUACAUGUGCAUUUCAUGAAAGCCAAUGAUGCUUCUAACACAGGCAGGGCUCUAGGCUGACAGCUGAAGCUGAGAUCCUGACGGACUACCUGGGUCCUUCGUUUUUAAGAAGUAACCUGAAAACCUUUAGUUUUAGAAAUAUCAAAACCUCAAGCCAGUUUGCUUGUGGUAGCUUUUGAAAUUGAAACUUACAUGAUGGAAAGCUGUAUUUCAAACGACAGCACUUAGUUAAGUAAACCUUGUUUGAGAUUGUCUCAACAAAAAAGGAAAUUGGAAUGCUCUGCUAUUGAGGUGGUUAAUUUUGAAGGCUGGAGUAAGAAGCACUGUGAUCUGAGAAUACUCAGUCUUCCCACAUGAGGCAGCACUGUAUUGGCAAUCAUUUUGCAUUAUAGAACUACAGGAAGGAGGUAUGCAUUGUAAAAGCAGAUUUGGACUACUUCCUGGAAAAAUGGCUGUGGUAGAAGCCAGCAACACUUUUGGAGGGAAUGUUCAUGCCUGCAUGGUACACUUCAGUCUUGAUCCCUGUCCCGUUUCCUGCUAAUUAACAUCUCAGGACAAAUGCCACAAAAAAAAAAUCUGGAUGUGUGACUUUUUGUUUUGUUCUGUUUUAUGUAGAGGGGGAAAGUUCUUCUGUGAUGGUAACAUAAAAUGCAGAGUGUACUUUCACGUUAGUGAAAAAUUCAGUUCUGCAGAGCAGGCUUUUGCUAAUUUACAUUAAAAUUUUUGAGGAAGCCAGCGCACACCUUUCAUCCCAGCACUUGGGAGGCAAAGGCAGGUAAAUUUCUGAGUUCAAGGCCAGCAUGGUCUAUAGAUCGAGUUCCAGGAUAGACAGGGUACACAGAGAAACCCUAUCUCAAUCCCUCCCCCACUCCUAUUUUUCAUAUCUCUUACUGUUUUAACAAGUGAUCAUAAAAAUAAAAUAAGUGAGGCAUGGUGGUGCACGCCUCUAAUUCCAGCACUCUGGAGGCUGUGGCAGGGGCACCUCUGAGUUCGAGGCAGGUGUGGGUUGGUCUGCAUAGUUCCCGGACAGCCAGGGCUACACAGUGAGACCCUGUCUCAUCUGAUUUUCACUUUCUUGUGGGAUGUCCUUCCGCUUAUAACAAAAGUGUUCUGAUAACAUAAACUUCAUAAAAACCCAAGUGGUCACUCUUGGCUUCAGAAUACUUCUCAAGCAUCUUCAGUUACUGUGCAUUUAUUUGACUAGAUAACCGAGCAGCUGUGCUUCUUAUACCACAGAGUAUCAGCAACUUGGGGUGGAAAAGCCACUUGUGGGGGCUCUGUCUGCAGUCUUAGCACUCGGGAAGCUGAAGCAGGAGGAUCAUAGGUUUGAGACUACACUGGCCUACUAAGUGACUGACGCCCCAUCUGAAAAAAAAAAUUUUUUUAAAAAAUGAAAGAAUAAUGAGUUACAUGAUACAAAUAGUUUGAAUUACAGAACUGCUUACAGUGACUGAACAUGUUAAACCAGCUAAGCUCAGCUUUUCCACAAAGUGUUAAAUGUUACCAAAAUACUGUUCUAGGUUAAGUCCCUGGAGGACCGUAGAGAGAUGAAGUAGGUCCUUGUUCUCAGGGCAGAAUUUAGAAUCCAGUGUAUGUAUUAUAAGUGGAUCAUUCAUAUAAAGAAAAAUGCAUUGCCCACCCCCUCCUUACCUAGGACUUUCUUCAACAAAGUAGGUCACUACCUGCAGGAAUAGUUGCUUUUCCUUUAUUCCCCCAAAUUGUUUCUUCUCCCCCAAAGUUGAAAUUAUCCAAUAGAUUAUGCUCAGCGUAAGAGUACAUUGGACUGCUGAGGUGUGUCUUAGCAUUUGGACAGAGUACUUGGUUAUCUGUAAGAAAUGGCCUUGACUUUCCCUACCGACAGCAGCAAGUCACAAGCAAGGAAUGGAUGGAUGUCCUAGAGUUCUCCAACCCCCAGGAUACAGGUGGGAUCUCAGCUUAGAGCCUCCUGCAGCUUCUACCUUAAGUAAAACUGUGGUCUUCGUGGUACAGCACCAGUGUUCAUAGGAAAUGGUUGUGCUAGCUCAUGUGGAUUAGUAUUUAGAGUAGCCAUACUUACUGCCUGUCCUUGCUGAACAAAAGACUGAUUAAUUGGUUUUGUUUUAAUUUCUAAUUUCAUGUUACACUUCUAGUUCAAACUUGGCUGGUUUUACAGUAUAGAAUUUGGUAUCCUAAAAGUUGUAAAUAUUUUAUAGCAUGUAAAUGUUUCUCAUUUGAGGUUUUUUUGUUUGGAGGGACCUUCAAGGAUGUUAUAUAUUCUCACAUAUUCUGGUGAUGAGAUAAUGAGAUGACCAUUUUAAACUUGUUAGUCUUCUAAUUAGAUUGUCUUUCAGACAUUUGAAAGUCUUUAAUUUUAGAAGCCUGAUUUCACUUUAUAUCCUCCAAUAAUGUGCUAUGUGUUUUGGUUUGCAGUUGUCUUAAAUUAUAUAUUAUUUCAGAAUAUGCUUGAAAUAUUUAAGAACAUGUUUUCCUAAAUGUGUAAUACUAUGUUAGUAACUCAGCUAAACAUUAUUACUGGUAGAAUGCAGUGUGACCGGCGUUGGUUCUGCUGUAUUGUCAAAUGGGCAUUUUCCAUCUAGAGUCAACUCAGCAUAAAGUCUUUCCUUUUUAUGUGCCCUGUAUUCAGCUACUGGCUUCUGCUUUCUUCCUAUCCAUUGAAACGGCAUGGUGGAGUGUCAGAAAACUCAGAUAGAGCCAGGCAUGGUGGUACACAGCUUUAAUCCCAGCACUUGGGAGGCAGAGGCAGGCAGAUCUUCUUGAGUUCAAGGCCAGCCUGGGCUACAGAGCAAGUUCCAGGGCAGACAAGGCUACACAGAGAAACCUUGUCCUCCCCCUCCCCCCUGAAAAAAUCAAAUGGUAUUCAAAUUGCAGUUGCUUUUACAAGACGGGAAAGUUGUUUAAGUUGAAAUAACAGUAAAUGACCGGUUUUCUUCGUAUUAUUCAUGAACUGUCGGCCCCAGCUUCCAUUUCCUCCCCUCUCUUGGGUGCCCCCCCCCACACUUAAAUAGAAAGGCCAGUUCUAUUCUCUUGAACCAGAAAAGCCAUUUAUUACCUCAUCAAGGCCAAUUAAUACUUUAUUAUACUUGGUUGAAAGCAAGAAAACUCAGGAUGUGGGAUAGUGGGGGAGAGGCACUAUGAUUGCUUUGGACCUGGCUGUCAUUGUUCCAGAACUGAGUGUCACAGAAGUCAGCCAGAGGCAAGUGAGUUUGCUUUUCUGAUCUGCUGUUUGUCACUGAUUCAACACAAGCAACUUGAGAAACAGAGUGUUUAUUCACCCAAACCCACCCCUCUGCUCGACAUUGCUCCAAAUCCCACUCUCUCCUGGCUGCCUUCUCAUUGAAUGUUUAGGAUAAUUGUUCAUUUUAUCUAGUCCUGACUAAUGAAAGACUGCUGAGCACUCUGUGUGUCUGUGUGGUCCUGUCUGAAGUGAGCUAGUGUGUGUAGAAAUUGGAGAGCUAUAGGACAAAAUUAGAUCUUGUUUGCAUACAUUGAAUAGUGCAGGUUUGUUCUUGAGGGGCUCCUUAAACUUUUGGGGGUCACAACCCUUUGAGGGCUGACUGCACCUGGGAAAGUGCAGAUGGUGUAUAUAACUCCCCAAGAAUGUCUGCUUGGCCUGGUCAAGACCCUCCAUUGUAAUAGGUCACCAUCCUCCAGCAGAGCCCCAGAUAUUCCAAGAGCAUAAAAAUCCAUCCGAAGGAAUUGUUUGACUUUGAAAACAGUAAGGAGGUGAGUGGGCACCUGGCGGGAAUCUCGUAUGAGGGGCUUUUGGUUUGGGUUGAUUGGCUAUUUUGUUUUUGUUUUUGUUUUUUGUUUCUUUCCUGAGGUCCUGUGUUGUGGGAACCUAUUUGUAAAGGGGGAAGAACGGUGAUUAGGCCAGUUAGGGAGGUUGAUGUCUUUUAAGGUUUGCUACUCCUGAAUCUCAACAACAAAAAGCGAAAUGGAAAUUGAAUGUGUCUGGUGUGCUCCUGACCCUCCAGAGUGUAGCUUAAUAUGUUACCAACACGUUAGCUGUCAGGUCUCACUCAGGUUUUAAGAUUUUCAUUAAAUACUAACUUAAUUUCAGAUGCUAAGGAAUUACGUACUUUAAAAAGAAUGUUUAAAAUAAGGUCUUACAUAGCAAUGUAGAAGAUUAUUGAUAUUGCUACAAAAGAUAGCAUAAUUACAUUGAAAAAUGGUUGUUAAAUUUGUUGCCAAAAUUUCAUGUUCAGUUCUAGCUUGAUUUGUGUUUGUGGAAGUAGAAACAGAAUUCAUUAUCUUACCUGGCUAGCCCUGAAAUAACGCCAUAGCAUAUCUGCAGGAAGGUACCGUGUAGCAGUGAUGCCCAGCAUUGAUUAGUUUUAUAAUUGUAAUUAUUUCACUUCAUUUAUAUGAGUGUUUUGAGUGGGGAGACAUGUACAUGUUAAAAGCAUGUUGCAUUAUACAUAAAUUCAGUUUUUUAAACUUAAUCAAUGUAAGAACUGCAGAAAUAUUUUUCUUAAACAUAAUAUGUAACAGAAUUCUCCACUUUGCAGUUUAUGUGACCCACAGUUUUAAAGAAAUUCCAUAAAUGUAUAUUUUGUAUUAUGUACCAUUUCCUGGUCCAAAGAAAUAUGUGAAUUUAGUUCUAAUUUUAAGAAUGUACUUUUGUUUUCUAGUUCUUUGAAAAACUGCAUUCAGCCUGUGAAUGGUCACAGAUUGUAUGUGAGAUGGAACGUAGAGAUUCUAGUUUGCAAAAUCAGUGCCACUAAAUAAAACAGGCAAUUGCAUAA